AUAUUAAUGAAACAAUGUUUGCAUUUUGAAUGAAAUGAUUAAAAAUUUAACUUUAAGUCAAAUGUUUGAAAAUUUCAUCAAAAGUUGAUUUCAAGUAAUUGAUUGAUAGAUUUGUUUUUGUUUUGAUAUCACGUCUCAACUCAAUUGGUCAUCGAUUACAAUGUCUUUGUCGACAUCAACUGAACCACAAUUAUUGAAAUAUUAUCCGUUUUCGUCGGUCAUAGACCAGGGAUUUUGGCAUUUGUUGGCCAACAAGAAGUUGGAUACAAUUCAUUUGGAUGAUAAUGCCAUUGAUAUUGUGGCCACUUUCAGAUGUGAUUUGUCACCAAAUCUGCCACCACUUCUUAAUGUUGACUAUAACUCCUUUGAUACUUGCGAUAGUAGUUGUGAUCAAACCAAAGAAACUCAUUAUAUGAGUGGACAACUAAUUGUCACCAAUACUUUAGAAGAGUUUAUUAAUAAAGAUAAAAAACUAUUGAUUAAUGAUUUGGCAAAACAGAUAUGGAGUGAUAUUAUUGAUGACACUGAAGAUGAAAACAUAUCGAAAGUUUUAUCUAAGUUUUUACUAUUAGUUUAUGCGGAUUUAAAGAAAUAUAAAUUUCACUAUUGGUUUGCAUUCCCAGCCAUUUGUUUUCCAAUGAAAACAUUAACAAAUGGUUUGCCAAAUGUUUUAGCAAAUGUUUGGACCGAUGAUUAUAUUAACGCAUUAUAUUUGCAAAUUAACAACAAUUUAGAGAUUAAAAAUAAAUCUUAUUUUAUUGUGAUUCUUACCGAUUCUGGACCCACUGUUCAUUCAAUUACAGAAUAUUCUGAGUUUAAGGAUAAAUCCAAUGUAAAAAUAUUCUUUGCGUUCGCUGAUUCCAGUAGUUCCCAACAAUAUCCGGGUUGGCCACUAAGGAAUUAUUUGACAUUUAUAUCUAUUCGUUAUAAAUUAAAUAAAUGUUGUGUUUUGGCUCUAAGAUUACGGGAGAAUUCAGUAAAAUCAAGUCUUUUGUUAGACAUUGAAUGGCAACAAUCAAAUCAAGUUCCAGACAUUGAGACAAUUGAAUGCGUCGGUUGGGAAAAGAAUGAAAAUAAUAAACUUUUGCCACGAAUUGUGGACUUAAGUGCUAUUAUGGAUCCAAUCCGUUUGGCUGAUAAUGCUGUUGACUUGAAUCUUAAAUUAAUGCGAUGGCGUUUAGUGCCAUCACUUGAUUUGGACACUAUAACUAAAACAAAAUGUUUGCUAUUAGGAUCGGGAACAUUAGGAUGUUCUGUAGGCCGCACACUAUUGGCGUGGGGUAUUAAAAACAUUACAUUUGUGGACAACUCUCAGGUCUCCUAUUCAAACCCAGUUCGCCAGUCAUUAUUCACAUUUAGUGACUGUUUAAAUGGAGGACAGCCUAAAGCUAAAGCAGCUGCUGAGGCACUGAAAACAAUAUUUCCAAACGUUAAUUCUAAAGGCAUUUCAUUGUCUAUUCCAAUGCCAGGUCAUCCCGUUUCCUCACAAUUAAAAGACAAAGUAUGUCAAGACGUUAAACAAUUAGAAGAAUUAAUUGAUGAAAAUGAUGUCAUAUUUCUACUAAUGGAUACCAGAGAAAGUCGAUGGUUACCAACUGUAUUAUCUGCUGUCAAAAAUAAGUUAGUAAUCAACGCCGCACUGGGUUUCGAUACUUUUCUCGUACAAAGACAUGGUGUUAGAAGCAGUAGUGAUAUUAGUAGAGUCAGUGAUGAACCACUUAUUGGUGCAAUCGGUGGUCAGCCAUCAACAUCAACGACAAGCGCACACAGAUCUCGUAAAGUUAACGGCACUGAAUUAGGCUGUUAUUACUGUAGUGAUGUGGUCGCACCAACUAAUUCAACGAGAGACCGGACCCUUGACCAACAGUGUACAGUCACGCGACCGGGCGUUGCAAUGUUGGCCUCAGCCCUAGCCGUUGAGCUUAUGGUCUCUGUAUUAGAGCAUCCCAUGAGAGGAUAUGCACCAUCGCUAGUAAUAAAUGGUGAUUAUUGUGAUGAUGUGGACACCGAUACAGAGACAGCUCUGGGAUUAGUUCCGCACCAAAUCAGGGGAUUUUUGUCGCGUUUCCAACAAAUGAUGAUCACUAGUGAAAGGUUCACUAAAUGCAGUGCAUGUUCUCAACCGAUAAUCAAUGCAUACAAUGAAAUGGGUUUCGAGUUUUUAUUGAAUGCUUUUAAUGAUAGUAAUUAUAUUGAAGAGAUAACAGGAUUAACACAAUUGCAUAAUGAAACAAAUCUUGAGGACAUCUGGUGUUUAAGUGAUGACGACGAAGAUUAG